AUGAGCGACAUGGCUGAAGAAUCUGCGUACGAUAAUGUUCCUCGAAAAACUCGGAGAAGCAAAAACAAAGUCUGUCGUCACAUGAGAGCACAGACAGAUGCACUGACAGGAGCCACAGUCUCCACCCCAAUGACAACUACUACUCACGGUACAACCACCACUGCUUCCCCCAGCACAGCACCGUGCAAGUUGGUUUGUGACACCGACUGGGAGCUACAGGAAAAGAGGUGCUUCCAUUUCUCCACAAAUAAAUUAACAUGGAAUCAGAGUCGUGAAGAUUGCAAAUCCAAGAGUGGUCGCCUGGUGAAGAUAUUUGGAAAAAAAAACCAGAAGUUUCUAUUUGAUAAAGUAAAAAGUUUAAUGGAGGAUGGUGAAGAUAAGUUCUGGAUCGGACUGACAGACUCCGCGGUAGAGGGACAGUGGAGGUGGACCGACGGCUCUUUGCUGAACUCAAGUUCCCAAUUUUGGUUUAAGAGUACAAAUGGUGACAAAACUGAACCAAACAAUUGGAAAGGUACUAAUCCUGAAGGAGAAGACUGUGUGCGGAUGGGAAAGAAGGACUCCGCCUUUGAGAUGAAAUGUUGGUUUGACAAAGACUGCAACACGCUUCAGAAAUACAUCUGUGAGAAGAAGUCGACCUGUGAAAAACACAGAACCUAA